GCCGGUAGUCGACACUACAAACUGUAGACUGUAGUGUAGUCGCAGUGUAGUCUGUAUAUAGAUGAUAAAAUAUGAGGGCCAAAAUAAACAACAAUUAUUUUGACUUGACCGUUGACGUUUGCUAGGUGGAUCAUGGUUUGUCAGAUUGGAGAUCGGGGACAGAUCAGUGUUCUGUUCUUACCCUUAUAUUACCCCAGCGGCUUCUUCUCAAAGCUGCGCCUUACUACGUUUUACUAUUUUUAAAAGUAUUACUAUUAGUAUUAGCGAAACUAGCGGUUCCGUUCAGGUUGUGGUCUGGGACGUUGUGUCUAGUGGCUGGUGUAUCGUUCUGGGGGCGACUGGAGACUGGAGUGGGUGCAGACUGCACAUGUAAUGUUCUAUUUUGGAAAGGUCACUGUCCACAAGUUGUAACCAUUUCCUGCUGUGCAGGCUGCAGUCCGCAGUGUUUGGGCAAUGAAUAGCUUAGCAGAACGACUAGCAUCGCUGGGCAACUGGCCGAAAGAGGACACUGUUUCUGGCCGGCAGCUUGCGACAGCGGGGUUUACCUACUUAGGCCAAGGAGACACCGUAACGUGCCUGGAAUGCAAUGGCCGGUUGAGUGACUGGGUUGAUGGGGACCGUCCUGCCAGUCAACAUGCCAGGUGGUUUCCGUCCUGUUCGUACAUCAGAUGUCAGCACCCUGUCCAAGUGCGCACGGCUAUGCAGGAGGAGAGAGAUCGUCUAGCUACGUUUCCGCCGACCUGGUGCUGCGCCGGGAUGAACGCCGGCGGCGGAGGCACGAGCUGCAGUCCUGCUUGCUGUAACGAGCUUGCCGGAGAAGGCUUCUUCCACGGCAGUGAUCGGACUGUCUGCUGCGUGCGGUGCCUGGCUGACUUUGAAAUUCCAUCCAAUGAAGACGAUGGCUGGGAGCUGCAUGCGCAAGCAAAUCAUGUCUGUGAGAAAGUUAUCGAGGACAUGCUGCCGCCCGUACAACACAUGCUCAAGACCAGUGGGCAAGCACGGCUAGCCACGUUUGCCAACUGGCCUCUGGAUGACGUUGUUCAUCCGCAGAAGCUGGCUGAUGCGGGACUGUACUACACGCUGCGGCAGGAUGUUGUCCGAUGCCCGUUCUGCAAUAGUGGCAACAAGGACUGGGAGGAAGGUGAUGAGCCAUGGGAGGAACAUGCCAAAGCCUUUCCAGACUGUCCAGUGGUCAGGGACUACCAGCAGUUUAAUGACACGGAGUCGCGGUGUAAAUCCUUUCCAGAUGAUAUGAGUAUGCCGUUCGAUGUUGUCAAGUCGGUGGCACAGGCUGGAUUUUUCUACGGAAACAAGGAUGGGCUUUUGCAUUGCUAUCGGUGUCGACUGGUUGUGGAGAGAUUUCCCGAUGGACGCUGUCCAUGGCUAGAGCAUGGUGACAAGUCCCCGCACUGUCCUCACUUCCUUCGCUGGGCACCGGUUGAUAUCAUCUCCGAUCGUUUCUGCUUGGCGUCAGCCCGGCAGGAGUCGUUCGCUGCCCUUUCAUACCUGUCGGCCGAGAUUAGCCACCAGCUGUUCACAGAGAGCGGUUUCUUCUACUGCUACACUGGCGAUGUGGUGCGCUGCUAUGGCUGCGGUCAGGUGCUGUGCUACUGGGAUCCUGGCGAUGACGUGUGGCUGGAGCAUUGGCGCCAUUCACGGCACUGUUCACUCCUGGCUAGAAAGCCGCCGGGAUCGCCGUCUUGGUUGUCCGUGUGUCUGGAGAGUAGGAUCACGGAUGAAGAACUGAAGAUGGUCGUCGAAUCAAGCACAGCGUUUCGGGUGCUGACUGCCCUGCAAAAUUGGCCGGAUGGCGCCCCUCUGACAAGGAACAUCCUGCUCCAACAGAUUUCCGCCAGCCGGUAUGGACCCAAUGGUCACCAGCGUGCGGCUUCUGGGUACACUGCGCAAGCGACUGCCCCCAUGCUGCCUGCAGCACCCGAGCCACCAGCAAAGAGGGCAGCGGAUGCCGACCGUCAUGCGUGCAAGGUCUGCAUGGACAAUGACGUGGCGGUGGUGUUUCAGCCGUGCAAGCACAUGGUAUGCUGUGAGGAGUGCAGUGGCCAGGUACAGCGCUGUCCUUUAUGCCGCGCUGCUAUCACAGACAAAAUGACCGUGUAUCUAUGAGCAGCCGCUACUGUCACUGCUGGUGGACCUACAGCGGGUGCAGCCAUGACGGGUGAAGUGAAACACGAAGGCCCGUGCAGGUACCUCCUGUCUGUGUUGAAAGACAGAAUGCUUCAGCAAAUCUCAGUCAUCGUGGUUCGUGGUAUGCAGCAGUGUGGUCCGAUUUUGAUGCGUUUCAAAGUGUGUCUCGACUCUUUAGUGUGAACUCGAAUAUGCUGUGCACAUUAGCCAUGAUCCACGGAGCCGCUACAUACACAUACCACUAACCUGGUGUGAUCCAUUAUUACUUCAGAAGAGGCGGUCAUACCAUACCGGUACCCCCCCCCCCCCCCCCCCACACACACAUUUUGUUGGAACUCAGAACAUUUGUAUCUGUUGAACAAUUUAUGAGAUUUGCCAAGAUUUUCUGAUUUUACCUCUAGUCUAAGGUAUGGUGGAUAAGCCUUGAUGGCCAUGAUUUCCAUUGAUAUUAAAAAAAAACAACAACACUAUAAUACAUGGCAAUCAGCCCACACGGAGUAGCACCUGGUCCCCUGAGUUGUCAUGCCCAUGCUAGAUCAAUCUGGCCCCUCACAUGUCACUGUUUCUGUAUGCAUGAUUCAAGCACAGUUACGUUAUGUGCAGGUUGGUACAAGAGUACUCAACACUUCAUCAGACUGUGACGGGAGUUUACUGUUCACACACGUGUCGUGUAUACAAAACUACUGAGGCUGACCGUUAGUCUUUGGGGAAAGAACCUCCAAUGAUUCACACAAUCAUGUUCAUGCAUUUUCUCAGUUUGAAAGCA